CUCCUCCUCUUCCUCGCAGGGCAGGAUCCUUGUUCUUGAUUUGCCUGAUAGGUGAAGAAGUAGUUUCUCUCGGCGCAGCGCCGCUUGUGCGAUCCGUAUGGUUUCUGAAGCGAAUUUCUUGGGAACCGUUUUAUAAACAAGGGGGGUAAAAAGAGCCACCAUUUUCUCUGAAUUCUUUCUACUGCACGCCUGGGAUUGUGUCUUGUUGGGAAUGCUGCUUCUUUGGAAUCCAAAAACAACGCAAAAAAAUGCGCCGCUUCCUCUCACAAACAAGAUCUUCAUUUUUUUUUUCCUCGACUCGAUUGUUUUAGCCCAUGUCCUCAUGAUUGAGCUUUUCUUCCCCUUUGUGGUUUCUUGUUCUUCCUCAAAGUCCAACUGUCCAAGCCACUAGAUGGCGGUGGCAUUUUGGUUGGGGACGAAAUUUUGUCCCUGGAUUUGUCUGCGCUUCGCUUCUUGGUCUCUCUCAUCAGUCCCCUGUUUUCCGCCAUGAUUCCAUCUCUCCACUCCACCAACCAACCCCCUGUACUGUACCUUCUUCCCAACUGAUGAUUGCAUUGACUUGACUUGUUUGCAGCUGACAUACGCUCUCAUGUCCUGUCCUGCCCGGCGGAUCGGUUCUCGGUUCUGAGCUGAACGGGCAACUGGAGAGACCGUGCAGUCCUGAACAUGUUUGGUUUCUCGCGGCGACGGGGAAAACUUGGAAGGGGAGCUUGUUGACGUGAAAUUUGGUUGCUCGAGUAUCAGAGCAUCAUUUGAGUUUUGGCAGUUAAGUCGAAGGGUGACCCAAGUGAUUCUUUGAACAGCUCUAGGAGUCCUGUUGGCCCCAGUAAACACCUCAGCCUGCCCAAUGUAUAUGAUGCAGUUAUGACAUCAGUGAGUGGCGGUGCAGAUGAUCUUUCCAACCGCUGCUCGUCCGAUACCUUUGAUCCUGAUGGACGCACUUUCAAUAUUUCAGAAAAUUGGACUGUGCUGUCCACAGAGGGGAAUAAACCUACUCCUCGUUUCUAUCAUGCAGCAGCCAUUGUAAGUAGCAAGAUGGUAGUGUUUGGUGGUGAUUCUGGUCAACGCUUAUUAGAUGACACAAAGAUACUGAAUUUAGAGAAGCUUACUUGGGAUUCUGCGCCUCCUAAAGUUUGCCCAUCACCAAGCGGACGUUCAAUGAAGUUGCCAGCCUGCAAAGGUCAUUGUCUGGUUCCAUGGGGAAAUAGUGUCAUUCUUGUUGGGGGUAAAACUGAGCCUGCUUCUGAUCGUUUAUCAGUAUGGACUUUCAAUACAGAAACGGAGCUUUGGUCACUUAUAGAAGCCAAGGGUGAUAUCCCUGCAGCUCGAAGUGGCCACACCGUGAUUAGAGCUGGUGCUACAUUGAUACUUUUUGGCGGUGAGGACACAAAAGGAAAGAAACGGCAUGACCUGCACAUGUUUGAUCUAAAGUCAUCAACCUGGCUUCCAUUGAACUAUAAAGGCACUGGACCUUCUCCAAGAUCCAAUCAUGUCGCUACACUGUAUGAUGAUAAGAUCCUUCUAAUUUUUGGAGGCCACUCAAAAUCCAAGACACUUAAUGACUUGUAUUCCUUAGAUUUUGAUACAAUGGUAUGGUCAAGAGUGAAGACUCAUGGUCCUCACCCAUCACCUCGAGCUGGUUGCAGCGGAACUCUCUGUGGAACUAAGUGGUACAUAGCUGGCGGUGCAAGCAAGAAAAAACGACAUGCUGAAACCUGGGCUUUUGAUGUUCUACAAUCUAAGUGGUCUGUUUGUGUAGUACCCCCUAGUUCAUCAAUUACUACAAAAAAAGGUUUCAGCAUGGUUCCUUUCUACCACAGGGACAAGAUUGCUCUUAUUGCAUUUGGAGGGAACAAAAAAGAGCCAUCCAACAAGGUUGAAGUAUUAGUGGUACUGCAAAAUGAGCAUUCUUUUAGUUGGCGUUCAGCCCCACCAGAAGUGGACCGCGUGCUGUAUGAGUAUUCUCCAAGCAAUAAGGAGCUUGCUGAUCAUCUCAACAAAUGUGCCCCCUUGUACUCUAACAGUUCCAUCGCAAGGCAUAGUCUCACUUCUGUGAUAGAACACCCACCUAGAAGGGAACCCCUCUCUGAGUCAUUGUUGAAGCAGUCCAGUUUGGGCACUUCACUCCAUGGGCAGUUGGAUCAAGUAGAAGAGUGCAGCUUAGGUCAGAAACUGCAGAAACCAAUGGAUGAUGACAGAUACGAUGACGUCGAUGACUCUUCUUCAUGUCAAGAUAGAACUCCAAAAGGGCAUCGGAGCAAAAGGACAGGACCUGGUAUUCAGAAUGACAUAGCAGAAAAUAUAGUGACUGGAGGAUCAAAUGUGAGAAGGAUAGCUAGAUGCUCUUCAGAUGUUAGUCAGAGCCACUUAUACAACACAAAAAUAGCAGACUUAAUCAGAAGAAACACCACGCUCGAAGACCAGCUUUCGACCGCGCUGGCAAGCAAAGACCAGCUAGAGAAGAGCUUAUCGUCGGUCAUUCACAGCAGAGAACAGCUGGAGAAGAUGCUUGCCAACAAAGACAAGGAGGCUGAGAUGCUGAAAGAGAAGAUAGCAUGCUUAGAGCUGGCGCAGGAAGAGUCGAACAGCCUCUCGAACACGGUGCACGCUGAUAAUGUGCGCCUUGAACGUGAAGUGGCAUUCCUGAAGGCCGUCACAGAUGAAACCCAGAAGGAGCUGCAUUCCACUCGUAGGGUUUUAGCAGGAGAACAGUCACGCGCGUUCCAGCUCCAGGUUGAAGUGUUCCAUCUCAAGCAGAGGCUGCAAAUACUGGAGGGGAGAUCAGGAACACCCACCAAACAACCUCUAUAGGCUGUAGUGGUCACAUUUCUACAUUUUUGCACAGCAAUUGUUGCAAGUUUGUAACACCGCCAUGUAAAUGAUUCCGUGGUGACCGUUUAUGUGACCAACAGGUUUUGACAUGCUACCAUGUUAGAUCUGUAAUUUGUGGGACAUGAUAAAACUAUAAAUAGCUAACGGAUUGAACCGUGCUAUAUGUGUAGAUAUUGAUCUGUAAUUUGCGGGGACAUGGUUAUAGUUAACUGAAAGGUGGCAUCUGUUGGAAAUCAAAGUCAAGAAACAGUAUGUGAAUAUAGACUUUGAAUGGUGGCCAAAUUAAUGGAGGAGGAGGAGGAGAUUUCAAAAGUUCAAA